AUGGAUGGAAUUGAUCCAGAAGUGCUACUGGAAUGGCUUCAAACGGGUAUCGGUGAUGAACGGGAUCUCCAGGUACAUUUUUUUCGAAGUCUUAUACAAAUCUUUUCAACAAGUGUUUUUCUAGUUGAUGGCAUUAGAACAGCUUUGUAUGCUUCUUCUUAUGGCCGAUAAUAUCGACAGAUGUUUCGAAUCGUGCCCGCCGCGCACAUUUAUUCCGGCUCUUUGUAAAAUAUUCUUGGACGAAACAGCGCCGGAUAAUGUUUUGGAAGUAACAGCCAGAGCAAUCACCUACUAUUUGGAUGUUUCAAAUGAGUGCACACGAAGAAUAACACAGGUUGAAGGAGCUGUGAAAGCGAUUUGUACUCGAUUGGCUGCUGCUGAAAUGAGCGAUCGAGCCAGCAAAGAUUUGGGUAUGUUUGUUAGAGAAUCAGAGAUUUUGUUGUUGUGCACAUAUCCCCACUAAUUAUUUUUUCAAUCAUCAAAAACCAGUUUUCCGUUUUGAAAUUGGUAGAAAAUACUAUAAUUAUGAUGACACUAUUUCUUCCAAAAUUGAUAUUAUUUGGGGAAUAGUUCGAAUUUGAUGAUUUACAAAAAAACCCUGUUUUUAAUUGAGAAAGUUUCAGAAAUUUCGUUUAAAAAUCUGAAGUCAUAAAUAAAGUUUUGAGCCAAAAUCCAAAGAAAAGAAACAUUAUCCAAAUCUGCAAUAUAUUUGCUUUUAUGAAUAUACAUUUUUUUAUUCCAGCCGAGCAAUGUGUCAAAUUAUUGGAGCAUGUUUGCCAAAGAGAAACAAUGGCCGUAUAUGAAUCCGGCGGAAUCAAUGCAAUGUUGACACUUGUUCGACAACACGGAGCUCACGUUCAUAAAGAUACAAUGCAUUCAGCAAUGUCGGUUGUAACAAGAUUGUGUGGAAAAAUGGAGCCAACAGAUGGGGAAUUGGCAAAAUGUGCCGAAAGUUUGGGUGCUUUGUUAGAACACGAAGAUGCAAAAGUUUCCGAAAGUUCACUUCGUUGUUUUGCUGCUUUAACAGAUCGAUUCAUUCGAAAAAUGAUGGAUCCAGCUGAAUUGGCUUUGCAUAGUAAUCUUGUUGAACAUUUACUCAUUUCAUUAGCAACAAGCAAUGACGAAAAUUCACAAGUUUCUGCAAACUUUUUGUCGAUAGUUUUAUCGUUAUUGAGCAAUUUGUGUAGAGGAUCAAGUUUUGUGACUGAAAAAGUAUUGACAUCUCCAAAUAUGAUAAAAGGACUCUCAUCAGUUUUAACAAAUAAAGAAGAACGAGUUGUAACUGAUGGACUUCGACUAGCUGAUUUACUUCUUGUUUUAUUAUGUGAAGGAAGAUCUGCGUUGCCAAUGACUGCAGUUGUUUCGGGAGAAAAUAUUGCUGGAGGAUCUGUUGGUGGAAAUGUUAGUGCUGCUGGAAGUGUUGAUCGAGUUCAUCGACAUUUGAUUGAUGCUAUUCGAAAGAAAGAUUUGACUGCAUUAGUUGAAGCUGUUGAAAGUGGACAGGUAAUUUAUUUUCAAAAAAAAUAAAACAAAAUAUUGAUUUUUUAAAGGUCGAAGUCAACUUUACUGAUGAUGUUGGACAAUCUUUGUGCAACUGGGCAUCUGCUUUUGGAAGUAUUGAAAUGGUUCAAUAUUUAUGUGAUAAAGGAUGUGAUGUAAAUAAAGGGCAUAAAAGUAGUUCUCUUCAUUAUGCAGCUUGUUUUGGUCGUCCAGAUAUUGUGAAAUUGUUGUUGAAACGCGGUGCAAAUCCAGAUUUGCGAGAUGAAGAUGGAAAAACUGCAUUGGAUAAAGCAAGAGAAAGAAGUGAUGAUGAUCAUAAUCAAGUUGCAAAUAUUCUUGAGAGUCCAACUGUUUAUAUGCAUUUGAAAGCAGAUGAUGGAAAAUCGAAAGUUGCAUCGAAUAAUCAAACUGAAGGAACUAGUGUCACAGAACUUCCAAAUCCUGAAGUUGUUAACAAAGUGCUCCAUCAACUUUUACCAAUUUUCUGCGAGAUUUUCCAAAAAUCGUUGAAUUCAAGUGUCAGAAGAACAUCGUUGUCUUUGAUUCGUAAAAUCGUUGAAAAUAUGGGUGAUUUGAGAGAACCAAUUGAACCAGGACAAAAAGAGCCACUAUCACGGAAAAUGUCAGCCGAUGUUACUGCUGGAGCUGAAAGUUUGGUAGCUGUUGUUGUAUCGGUUUUGGAUCAAGAAGAUGAUCACGAAGGACAUGAACAAGUAUUGUUGAUAUUACAAUCAUUGUUAGAAAAAGAUGCGGAAUUAUGGGUGAUUGAAUUGAUUAGAUUAGGUGUUUUUGAAAGAGUUGAAGCAAUGGCAAAAGAACCACCAAAGGGUCUUGAACAAAUUUUGGCGGAAACUGUUGCUGAAGGAACCAUUGUUAAAGCAAGGUAAGAUUAUUUUGUUUUUAAAAAUUGUGUUGAGCCAAGUUCACAAUGAAAAGUUUCAAUAUUUUUCAUUCCUAAAAAAAUAAUGCAUUAUUUUGAAUUUUUCAGAACCAGUUCAACAUCUGCAAUGGAAAUCGAUGUUGAUGCACCAAAAAUUGAAGAACAACUAAAUGUUGCAAUUGAAGGAGAUGAUUUCGUUUUGGCAACACAAACACCACCUCCAAAUAUUGAAAUUGGCGAAUCAUCCGAAUCUUCAUCAAAAAGAAGUUCAACUGCAGCAUCAGCAUCAUCUGCCAUUUUCCAAGUUGUUUCGAAAUUGGGUGUUGGAUCAGGCGAUAAAUCAUCGGAAAAGAAACCGACAAAAACCGCACUCAACACUGGUUUCCCAUAUCGUUGGAAAGAAUGGCGAAUUGUUCGAGGAAAUACUGCAUUGUUCAUUUGGAGCGAUGUUGUUCUCAUUGAAUUGCCGUUCCAAUCAAAUGGAUGGUUCAGAUAUUUGGCUGAUAAUGAUUCACAUGUUCAAUAUUCAUCCGGAAUUGCGAAUGUUGAUCAACAAAUGACAGAAACGGAAAAAAUGAAUGAGAGAAAAGGAAUGGUUGCAAGAUGGAAGGCUGUGAAAGGAGUAUUUGAUGAUGAUUCAUCUUGUGUUCCAGCAUCAGUUUUGGGAAUUCCAAGUAAUUCGAAGAAGGUCAGUGAAAAGGUGUGUUGUGCUUUUCUUUUGUUUUUUCUUGGUUUUAUUUUUCCUUUCUUUCUCGCAUGACCUUCCUUGAAAUAUGUACAAUAAAUAUUUUUAGCUCGAAGUUCCUGCUUGGGAAAUCUGGUCGACUAGAAGUUCUGAACUUCAAAUCAAAUCCACAACAUCAACAACUCCCGAUGGACAACAAAAUAAUAUGAUAACUACCAUAAAGGUAAAUUACUUGAAAGAAAAUUCUGAAAUACUCUUUACCGAAAACCCCAUUUUUUUCAGGAUGAAUCCGGUGGUUUUGUUUUUGAAGCGAAUACAAAUGGACGACGAGUUACUGUAAUGCCUGAAAUGGCAUUACCAUCUGAUUUCCAUACUGGAUGGAGUACUCAUGGAGUUUCGACAAGAAAGAUCAAAUUCAGAGUUGAUAUUCAGAAAAGAAAAGUGCAAGAACUUGCUUGGAAAUUGUGGAAUGAUCAUUUGAAAGAGGCUCAUGCGAAACCAAGAGAAGCACUUGUUAGAUUGGAAAAGGCUGCUGUUACAAUUGAGGUAAUAUUAUAAAUACUGAUCAGAAUAAUAUUAAAAUGUCAAAUUAUUUUGCAGAAUGCUGUUCGAACUGCAAGAGCAAUGCAUGUUAGCAAACAUAAAAAUGCAAAACAACCAAGAAUUGAACGAGUUCAAGAUCUUGUUUCUGCAAUGCGAGUUGUUCAUGAAUCAAUUGUCAAUGAUCGUCUUUUGAGCACUUUCGAAUUCUCAGUUUCUGGAAUUGUACCCGCUCUUUAUAGUUUGCUCUCACUCAUUGAAACAUAUCCAGAAAGUUAUCCAGCAAGUAUUUUCAAAGAGAAAUUCUCGACUGGCGAUGCUCUUGCUCAAUUAGCUUUGAAAAUGGUUGCAGUCUUGGAAGCCAGUGAAAAAUUCCCACAAUAUUUGUAUGAUACACCAGGCGGUUCAUCAUUUGGAUUGCAAUUGUUGUCACGAAGAAUUCGAACAAAAUUAGAAUUGAGUAAAAUUGAAGAAGGCGGUGAAAAUAACGAUGUUCUUUUGAAUAAAAGUGGAAAAGUAAUGAAAUGUGAACCAUUGGCAUCAGUUGGACAAUUGAAACAAUUCUUGAUGAAAUUGGUUGCAAAACAAUGGCAUGAUCGAGAUAGAUCAACUUAUCGAUUUGUUAAAAUGAUUCAAGAAGCAAAAUCGCGAAAAGAACCAUUGAAAUUCAGUUAUACAAGUGAUUUUGAUGAUCAAGGAGUUGUUUAUUGGGUUGGAACAAAUGGAAAAAGUUUGUCGGAUUGGACAAAUCCAGCCAGUGCAAAUAUUAUCAAAAUCGAAAGUUCGGAUACACGACAACCAUUUGGAAAACCAGAAGAUGUUGUUAGUCGAGAUGUUAAUCCAAUUAAUUGUCAUUCAAGUGAUGAUAAAAAUGCUCAUUUCACAUUGGAUCUUGGAUUAAUGUUGGUACCAAGUAGUUAUUCAUUGAGACAUUCUCGUGGGUACGGUAGAUCUGCAUUGAGAAAUUGGUUAUUCCAAGUAAGUUCAAUCAACAUAUAAUUAUAAUUUUGAAGUUAUUUAUAAUUGUUUUGAUUAUAGGGUUCGCGAGAUAAACUAGUUUGGGAAGUUCUUCAUGCUCAUGCUGAUGAUCAAAGUCUUGGUGAACCAGGAAGUACUGCAACGUGGCAUUUGAGUGAUAUUCAAAAAGAUAAAUCAUAUCGAUAUUUCCGAAUCGCUCAAAAUGGACGAAAUUCGUCGGGUCAAACAUAUUAUUUGAGUGUUUCUGGUUUUGAAAUUUAUGGAGAUGUUGUUGAUGUUGUUGUUGAAUCAUUGGGAACAGAUGAAUCGAAGAAAACUGGAACGGAAGCCGCAACACCAGCUUCAUCAAGCAAUCAAACACCGGUUACAGCUUUGAAUAUUUUGGAUGUAAGUUUUUUAGUAGUUAAUUUAAAAAUACAACUCGCUGAAAAAAUUGACUAAUUCUGAGAAAUCCCGUAUUUUAUUGGGUAAUUUUUGAGUGACGAUUUUUUAAAAUACUGAAAUUCUAAGGAGUUUUUUAAAAUUUUGAAAAAUAGGAAACAUACAAAUUUUUCAAAUGUGAGAACUUUAUUCAACUUCCAAAAUUACGAGAAAAUUUUAGUUGCGAGUUUUUCUUUGGUAAUUUUCACAAAAGCGAUAUUUAUUCCAGAAUAUUCCGAGUGGCGAAAAUAACAAUAAAUUAAAAUCUGGUCUUUCGGCUGAAACAAUUGCCGCAAUCCAACAACGCGCUCGAACACGAAUGAAUCGAAUGAAAAACAAUGAGACGAAAGGGGCAAAAGUUAUUCGAGGAAAAGAUUGGAGAUGGGAUGAUCAAGAUGGAGGAGAAGGAAAGAUUGUAAGUUGUUUAACUUUGAAAGCAGCUUCUCAACACUUUUUUCGUUUUAUAGGGAAAAAUUGUUCGUGGACCAGAAAGUGGAUGGGUCGAUGUUGUUUGGGAAAAUGGAUAUUCGAACUCGUAUCGAUACGGUGCAAGUGGACAUUUUGAUGUUGAACGAGUUUCUUCGUCAUCAAAUACACUUACAAAUUUGCCGGCCACAUCUUCAAGUGUUCCAUCUUCGGUUAUUGAUGCUGUGAGAACAAGAAGUCGAGGACUUAUUGCCAAAAAUACACGAGCUGGUAAGUAUAACUAAUAAUUUCAAAACCAGAAUAACUAACAGUGUUGUAAUCCCUCUUAGGAGCUUUGUCUUCUUUUGCAUCUGGUAUAGCUUCUGGUUUGAAUAGACGUAAAUCACAAAAUAUCACAGGUAGUUGUGCAAAUGAUUAUUAUAUUUGUUUUUUUGAUGUUGUGUUUUGUGUUCUUUUCUUUCACUGAAACUUCUAUGCUAGAGAAUUUUAGUUUUGAACUAUCUGUUAUGUGAUUUCAAUUUCUUUUUUCCUAUUUCCUCAUUUUAAUUUAACAUCUUAUAUUUUCAGCUACAUCUGCCGCAAAUACUCCAUUGUCUCGAUUUGCAAAUGCGAAGAAUCCAACAACACCAACUGGAAGUAAUCAAGGAUCAUCAUCAUCUACAAAUCAAGGUGGAGCUAUUGGAAAGAAAUCAAUGUCGACAACAAAUCUUGUCGAUGAUCGAACCAAAAAUAGUGGACCAUCAGUUGCAUCAACUGGACAAGCGGCCAGCGCUGAAUCACUUCAACAUCAAACACCAUCACUCGAGAAUCUUUUGGCUCGCGCAAAUCCACAUCAAUUUGGAAGAAUUGCUGAAAAUCAAGAAGAUGAACCAAUGGGAGGAGAGGAAAGUGAUUCUGCAGCAAGUAUGAGAUCAGCAACAUCGUCGAAUUCCCAAAUGUCAAUGUCUUCUUUAAAUUCAUCUUCAGUUGCUCAACAAUCUGACGCAGCUGCAACAACACCACGAGAUGCGCCAGGAACACCAAAAGAUGAAAAAUUGAAUAGUUUGUCAGUGAGUGCACCAGAUUUGGCAGCUGCUAGACAAAGACAACAAAGUUCGGAAAAAGUAUCAACGAUGGAAGAAGAAGAGGAAGAAGAUGAAACAUUGGAUGAUGAAGAUGAAGAUGAAGAUGAUGAUGAAGAGGAAGAAGAAGAAGAGGAGGAUGAAGAUGAAAAUGAUAAAGAGGAUGAGAAAAUGCAAGAGUUUUUGGAAAGAGGUGGAAUAUUGGAGAAAUUGCGAGAAGUUAUUGGAAGAGAUUCAGUUCUUGACACAACUGCUACUUCAUCUUCUUCGAAUACACCACAAUCAUCAACACCGACAUCAGUUGUUCAAAGAUCAGAUGUUUGUGAGUUGAAGGGACUGGGAUGGGAUAGAAUGGGCUGCGAUGGGGAGAGGAUUUUUUUAAACUUCAGAAAAAAUUUGAAAGUUCAGAAAUUUAUUUUUUUUUCUCACUAACAAAAUAUAUAUUUCAGUGAAAGGUGUUCAACUUCGUCCAAACAAAUCGAAGAAAACAGUCAAACAAAAAUUAUCGAGCUAUGCUGAAGUGUUGAAAGGACUUAUGGCGACUGUAAGAUCACAUCAAAAUUCACAAUUGAAUCUUCCCAACUUGAGUUUUCUUCAGAUGAUGGAUUCUGCAGCUCCAUCACUUGAAAUGGACGAUAUGAUGGAUGAAGAUGACUAUUAUGAUUAUUCGGAAGAAGGAAAUGAAGAUGAGACUGAAGAAGAACUCGCCGCUCAACUCGGUAUUCCAGUCGAUUCUUUCGCAUCAAUGUUGUCACAAAAACCAAUCAAUUGGAAACAAUUCUCACAAAUGAUGAUGGGAUCUUCGUCAAGAGAUCGUGGAUCAAAUCGAAGUGGAGCAAAUAGCAAUAGUUCGGGAGGACAUAGAAAUGCAAAUUGUGCACAAUGGGAUGAAGAAUUGAUUGUGAAAUGCAAUUUCGAAGCAUUGAUUCCAGCAUUUGAUCCAAGACCAGGAAGAGCUAAUGUUAAUCAAACUCUUGAAGUUGAACUUCCAGCUGUUGUCAAUGAACCAACUGUUGCUUCAGCAUUUGUAAAUGUAAGUUUUUAUUAGAAAAAUUAAUAAAUCAAUAAAUUGUGAUUACAGGACGGUGAACAAAAAUUGCGUGUAUUUUUACGUGGUCCAAAUUUGAGCGGAGUUGAUAAUGUGACAGUUGAAAUGGAAGACGAUGACUCAUCAUUGUUCAAGUAUAUCCAAUUAAUUAAUAACAAUGUUAAUUGGGCUACUGUAAGUUGUUUUCUUUUUGGAAUUCCUCACACCACUAUUUUUUUUUCAGAAAAACGAUAAAUCGCGAAGAAUUUGGGAACCAACAUACACUUUGAUCUAUGCAAAUGCGAGCGAGAAAAGUCUAAUUGAAUCAACAAAAAUUGUUGCCGAAGAAGAUACGACACCAAUUCAAGUCAAUCAAUGUUUAGAAGUGAUUGGUUUAUUGUCAAAGAUUCAAGAAUUGUUACCCGAUGCACCAAUCACACCAAAUGUAUUUAUCAGUGAUAAAUUGACAUUGAAAUUAACACAAGUGUUAUCAGAUGCAUUGGUUGUUGCAGCUCGUGCUUUGCCUGAAUGGUGCUCUAGACUUGUUUAUAAAUAUCCAUGUCUUUUUACUGUUGAAACUCGAAAUAUGUAUAUGCAGGCGACUGCAUUUGGUGUUUCACGAACUGUUGUUUGGUUGCAAGAUCGAAGAGAUGCGGCACUUGAAAGAACACGUGGAAGUGCACAAGCUGGAGGAAGUAAUGCAAAUCGACCACAUGAUAGAUAUCAUGAAUAUAGACUUGGAAGAUUGAGACAUGAAAGAGUUAAAGUGACAAGAUCCGAAGAAUUACUUUUGGAUCAAGCUGUUCGAUUGAUGAAAUUCCACGCCGAAAGAAAAUCAGUUCUUGAAAUUGAAUAUACAAAUGAAGAAGGUACUGGACUUGGACCAACUCUUGAAUUCUAUGCUCUUGUUGCUGCCGAAUUGCAAAGAAAAGCCUUGGCGAUUUGGGUUUGUGAUGAUGAUGAUAGUCAACCAAAACAUGAAGAAAGUGAAAUUGAUUUGGGAGAAGGUAAAAAACCAGCUGGAUAUUAUGUGAGAAGAGAAGGUGGAUUAUUCCCUGCUCCACUUCCACCACAUACUGAAGAAGUUAAACGAGCCGCUGAUAUGUUCAGAGUUUUGGGUAUUUUCUUGGCGAAAGUAUUGCAAGAUGGAAGAUUGGUUGAUUUGCCACUCUCAAGACCAUUCUUGAAAUUGUUGGUUCAUCCACAAAUUAGUGAAUUACAUGGAAAUGUGAAUUUGCGAAAGGUUUUGACUUUGGACGAUUUCGAAGAAGUUAACCCGGUAAAAGGCAACUUUUUGAAAGAAUUGAGAGCAUUGGCACAACGAAAACGAGCGAUUGAAAAUGAACCGAAUUUGGAUCAAUCUGCGAAACGACGAAAAAUUGGAGAAUUGAAAUUGAUGAUGAAAGGAACUACUUGUAGAGUUGAAGAUUUGGCUCUUUUCUUCACGUGAGUUGUAUUGUCAAAGUAUACAUGGCACUGCUCCCAAAACUGUGAGGUGACAUUUGGAAAAAAUUUUCAAGGGGGGGGGGGUUCACGCCCGAAUCAAAAUUUUGAUUUGGGCGGGUAGCUAAUAAAAGUUCACGAUUAUUUUUUUUUAGAUUAACUGACUUAUGGUUUUUCAAUUUCGAGCUUUGCCACGUCAUAGCUCAAAAAAGUAGUUAAAGGUUUAUAAAAAUUCAAAAUUCAUGCAAAAAUCCCCCCUAAAAUUUUUAGUCAAAUCUAAGUCAUUUUCUUACAGAGUCAAUCCGCCAUCAAAAGUAUUCCAAUAUGCAGAAAUGGAAUUGGUUGAAGGUGGAGCCGAUAUUGAUGUAACAAUGGACAAUGUCGAACAAUAUGUUGAGAAAUGCGAAGAAUUCUAUUUGAAUUCUGGAAUCGUUCAUCAAAUGCGUGCAUUCCGCGAAGGAUUCGAUCACGUUUUCCCACUUCGAGCACUUCGCGCUUAUUCGCCAGAAGAAGUUCAACGAUUAUUGUCAGGAGAACAAUGUCCAGAAUGGACUCGGGAUGAUAUUUUGAACUACACUGAACCCAAAUUGGGAUAUACCAAAGAAUCACCGGGUUUCUUGAGAUUUGUUGAUGUUAUGCAUGCAAUGACACCACAAGAGAGAAAGAACUUCUUGCAAUUUGCGACUGGAUGUUCGAGUUUACCACCAGGUAUGUUCUUUUUUGAGAGAAAAACAAUUCCAAAUUAAAAGUUAAAAAAUUCUGAAUCUUAAAAUGAUCUUUCUUUUUUUCUAGGCGGACUUGCCAAUCUUCAUCCUCGCCUAACAAUUGUUCGAAAAGUUGAAAGUGGAGAUGGUUCUUAUCCAUCUGUAAAUACAUGUGUUCACUAUCUCAAAAUGCCUGAAUAUUCAUCAGCCGAAAUUCUACGCGAACGACUUUUGACAGCAAUCAACGAAAAGGGUUUCCAUCUCAACUAA